AUGAAACGAGGUCGAUCUUCCAAGAGCCCAAUCGCGUUUAUUGUUGUAUUCGUUUCAGUUUCUUGCUUUUUGGUGUUGAUUCUUUCGGUUCUUAGACUUCCAGACAUAUCAUUCAGCAAUGGUGCCAGAACUACAAUCACGCUCAAGAAAUUGAGCCAAAUUCCAGAGAACAGUGAGAGGAUAGGAACGUUUGCUACCAUGAUGAUCGAAAUGCUGCCUCAAGAUCUUCCAUUUACGAUCUUUGUUCCUUCAAAAGUAGCUUUUGAGCGUGAUUUGCGAUUAGGGGUAAAUGAUAGUUUGGUGGGGGAGAAAGCAAAUGAUACAUUUGCAAUACUUACCCGUGUAUUGAGCUUCACAGUUGUCCCAUGGAAAAUUCUUUCAGAGUCUGUGCCAUACAGUAGAGAGAUAACCUGCGAUUCUUUAUCUGGAUUAAAGCUUUAUGUAUCAAAAGAUCCUGAUGAAACGCUUAUAGUUAACAGGAUUCGAUCAAAACAGGUAGAUUUGAAGAAGAACGAGAUAAUUAUUCAUGUCAUGGAUGGGGUGAUUAUGGAGGCUGACUUUGAACAAUCUGUUCGGCCUGAUGAUGAUGAUGAUCAAGAUUGA